AAGGCCUGAAAUUUAUUCCCAUUUCUUUGACCGAUCUUUAUCUCUCCCUAAUUGGAAGUUCUUUGGGAAUCGUCCUCAGAUCUUGUUGCAGGAACAGUAGCAGAACAAGAUCGUGUUUCAGAAGUUUUAGGGGAGAGAAGGUGAGAAACCAUGGGGAAGGCUUCUAGGUGGUUGAAGGGCUUGCUGGGGAUGAAGAAAGAGAAGGACCACCGCAUGGACAAUUCUGGCUCAUUGGUUUCUGACAAGAAGGAAAAGAAACGAUGGAGUUUUGCCAAGUCAGGCAAAGAUUCCGAUUCUGGAACCAGUCAACCUCGUUUUCCAUCUCCUGAUUCCGCUCGGUAUAAAUCCUACAUGUCGGAAACAGAGAAAGAGCAGAACAAGCACGCAAUUGCGGUGGCCGCUGCAACGGCCGCUGCAGCCGAUGCUGCUGUCGCCGCCGCUCAGGCUGCCGUUGCGGUGGUAAGGCUCACCAGCCACGGCAGAGGGACUCUGUUUAGUGGGAGUAGAGAAAAAUGGGCUGCGGUUAAGAUUCAAACCUUUUUCAGAGGCUAUUUGGCGAGGAAGGCUCUAAGAGCUUUGAAAGGAUUGGUUAAGAUUCAAGCGCUUGUUCGCGGUUAUCUUGUUCGAAAGCGAGCUACUGCAACUCUAUACAGCAUGCAAGCUCUGAUCAGAGCUCAAACUGCAGUUCGAUCACAGAGAGCUCGUCGUUCCAUUAGCAAAGGAAAUCGACACCAGUCCGAGUUCCGAGCUAGAAAAUCAAUGGAUCGAUUUGAUGAAACGAGAAGUGAAAUCCACAGUAAAAGGUUAUCCACAUCAUAUGAACAAUCCUUCAAUGGGUAUGACGACAGUCCCAAAAUUGUCGAGAUUGAUACGUACAGGACUCAGUCGAGGUCUCGGAGAAUUGCGACGACGUUUUCAGAAUGUGGAGACGAAACACCUUAUCAAACGACGCCGUUUUCCGACAGUAAGCAUCAUGAAGAGUUCCAGUGGUGCUUUGCCGGCGAUGAGUGCAAAUUCCCUACGGCUCAGAGCACUCCCCGGUUUGCAGUCAGCGCGCGUUCUCACAACGCGCCUCCGACUCCGGCAAAGAGUGUCUGCGGCGACACAUUUUGCCGGCCGUACUAUAAUUUCCCGAACUACAUGGCGAAUACGCAGUCGUUUAAGGCGAAACUGAGGUCUCAUAGUGCUCCGAAACAGAGACCAGAGCCGAAGAAGAGGCUCUCGCUGGAUGAAAUAAUGGCGGCCAGAAACAGCAUAAGCAGUGUUAGAAUGCAGAGGUCGUCUUGUUCGGUUCAAGAAGAGUCGUGGAAUUUCUGAGUUCUUUGCAACUUUCUUUCUUCCUUUCUUCCCCCUCCCCUCUUUGCUUGUGUUAAUUACAAUUUACAAUUCUCACAGAGAACCUUAUAGAAUUGAUCAAAGAAUCUGCUUGCUUAUGUACAUUCUCUUGACAGACUUUUCUUUUACUUCUAGUAAACUCUCUCGUUUGCUUAGAAA